GAUGGGUGUUGGGGACUCUUGGGGGCUUCCCUGGGGUGCCUAGCAGGUGGGGUGCCACUAAGAGUUCGGUGGCCUUAGGCAAGUUACGUAGUGACCAGUAACAGGGGGUGCUGAAGGACACUUGGUGUGGGGGCACUCGUCUCUAACAGGGAGGUAACCGGCGCCCAAGCAGCAGGUAGUCAGAGCGGGGCCGCACUCACCCUGCCCCUGCGCUCACCCUGCCCCGUGCCUGCCCGAGGCCUGGCUCCAUGCCUCCGUGAGCCUCAUCUGGAAAAUGGGGAUGAGGAGGCUCCCAGGACUGGAGGAAUCGUGAUUGUCCCUUCUGUCCUUCAGCCUGGUCCCUGUCCCACUUCCUCUGAUGCCAGAGGCUGCCCCUCCUGCGUCCAUCUGCCUCUGUCUCUGGCCCUUUGUCAUGUCUGGCCCAGCGUGCAUCUGCCACUGUCUCUGCCUGUCCACCCAGGUGUCGUGUUCUGUGUGUGUCUGUAUUUCUCAUUCUCUUCCUGCACAUAUAUCUUUUUCUCCCUGUGUGUGUGUCUUUCUGGUUUUCUUCCUUUGUGUUUUCAGUGUGGAUGUGUAUUUAUGUGUCUGUGUGUUUUUAGUGUGCAUCUCUCUGGGCCUUCCUACUCUUUCGCUGCCUGUGUGUGUCUAUGGGAGCCCCCACAUUUCAUUCUUUUUCUCCCUGUCCCUCUGUGUGUGUUCCUCUCCAUGAGACGUGUGUGUGUGUGUGUAUUUACUGUGUGUUUUGUGUGUGUGUCCACAUCCUUCUGUUCUCUCUGUGCCUGUCUGUCUCAGUCUCUCUCUCUCUCUCUCUCUCUCUCUGCCGCCGUCUGUUAAGCGCAGGGCCUGUCCGGCAGAGCAGCGGAUGUGAGGGAUGAUUCAGUGGCUGACAGGAAGCCCUCCGCCUUGCCUGCUGCCCGCCAGUAUCUGUGGCGUUGGCAUCGGCUCGGGCAGGUGUGUGGGCUCAGGAUGAGGUGGCCGCAGUGAGGAGUCCCCCGCUCUCAGCCCCGCAGGAGGAGUGGCCAGGAGCGGACAUGGGCACGGAGACGGAGCUGCUGUGGCCGGGGGCGGCCCUGCUGCUGCUGCUGGGGCUGGCGGCCGGCCUGUGCGCGCGCUGCUCCCGCCCAGGUGCAAAGAAGUCCGAGAAAAUCUAUGAGCAGAGGAGCCUGCAAGAGAAUCAGCAAAGCUUUGCAGUGGCCCGGACCUACACCUUGGUCAGGGAGGCCUGGCCAGGGACCCCGGUGGGCACAUCCUCUGGUGCGGAGUCAGCAAGGAAGGACAAGCUGCUGCGGUUCUCCCCCAGCCUCGAGGAUCCUUCUUCCCCCAGGUACCAGAACUUCAGCAAAGGAAGCAGACACAGAUCAGAUGCAGUCUACAUAGACCCCAUCACCAUGGACUACUACAACUGGGGGCAGCUCCAGAAGCCCCUGGAAGAUGACGAUGACACCAACUCCUAUGAGAACGUGCUCAUCUGUAAGCAAAAUAAAACCGAAUCAGAGGACGAGGGGUCUGAGGACUAUCAGAACUCAGCAUCCAUCCGGCAGUGGCGAGAGUCCAAGAGAGUCGUGGAGCCAGUCCUGAGGGAAGCACCUCCCUCCCUGGCAGGAAGCCCGGAUGAGGACAGUGGGGAGCCUGAUUAUGUGAAUGGAGAUGUGGCAGCCACAAAAGCCUAAGGAAGAUCUGGAGGAAGGAGCCAAGGAACCACUUACUGCCUCUCCAGGAUCCCUUCUCCAGAGCUGCUCAGCUUCUAGACUCCAUGUGGCUACUUCUGGGAGGGGCACCAACAUGUUCAGGGGACCAUCCAUCUGGCCACGGGGCACCCAGCCCGGGGAAACAAGUUACAUACAGACUGGCCCUCUGACCCGGCUCCUGCGGGCUGGGCAGAGCCCAGGGCCAAGGGUGGCUCCCACUGUGCUAGGGUGCCCAGGACUUCAGGCACUCGCAUCCCCUUAACUAUACUUAAAACAUCGUACUACAUGGGUGUUCUUUGUGUCCUUUUUCGCUUUGGAUUUUGAUCCCAAAUUGCUUACUAAUGUCAGUUGCUGGGAUAAUCUUUGUGAUAAGCUUGUACAGUUAAUUUAUAUAAGCGGAGCCGUAUUUAAUAUUCUGCAUUCCAGGGUAGAGGUUGUGUCUAUCUAUCUUGUCUCCUCUAAGCAUUACAGGUACUUAACUUCAGCAAGCAGUGAGGCGGAGCCCUGGCGCUCCUUUCUUUGGGUCUCAGUUGACUGAAUUAGAGAUGAGGCCAAGCCGUCUUUGUGACCCUUCAGUGGGAGUGUCUGCUGUGGACAAGGCAUGUCACAGUUCUAGGGGAUGGGCAAGCAGAGUGGGGGUGACCUGGAGGGGCACCCCACAGUUGCCCUGAGGCCCUCAGCUGACUGGGCAGAAACAUGACUAUCUCAUGGGAAGGGCGGGGGGGCCCAAGGGACCUUCUGAGUCAGAAAAGCCAGAGUCAGCGAAACAAAAUGCCUCCUCCAACAGAAACAUCUCAAUAAACUGUUGUUCCAGUUUAAGA